CGUCAUCUUUCAACUUUCCCCUCUUCGAUAAUUUUCCGCAAUUCUUCAAUCACCUCCACUGUCACGCAAAACACAAAUAACAACAGCAACAACACAUAUCCACCAUGGUCCGCCAUAAAAAAGACAACUUCGCUCGAGGAGGCAAGAAAUUCUCCUCCAAGGGUCCCCGUCCUCCCCGCCGCGAUCCCGCCGACCCUGACGCCGAUGAUGCCGACCGCCCCUCCAGACCUCCAUUCAAAGCCGCCUGUUGGGAUCUGGGUCACUGUGAUCCCAAGCGCUGCUCAGGAAAGAGAUUGAUGAACUUUGGUCUGAUGCGCGAGCUGCAGAUCGGCCAGCGAUUCCCGGGUGUAAUUGUCUCUCCCAACGCAAAGAAAAUCAUCUCCCCGGCCGACAAAGACCUCCUCGAACAAUUCGGCGCCGCAGUAGUAGAAUGUUCCUGGGUGCGAGUGAAGGAAGUGCCCUGGUCGCGAAUCGGAGGAAAAUGCGAACGACUCUUACCCUACCUCAUCGCCGCCAACACAGUCAACUACGGCAAACCCUGGCGCCUAAACUGCGUCGAAGCCCUCGCCGCCUGUUUCUGCAUCUGCGGUCACGAAGACUGGGCCCGCCAAGUCCUCAAACCCUUCCGCUACGGCGAAGCCUUCCUCGAAAUCAACGGGAAACUACUCAAGCGGUACGCCGCCUGCGCCGACGAAGACGAAAUCAAGCGCGCCGAGGAGGAAUGGCUCGCCAAGAUCGAGCGGGAAUAUGAGGAGAGUCGGGCCGCGGGCGGCGCAGACGAUAUUUGGACUGUGGGGAAUACGAAUCGGAGGGCGGAGUCGGAUUCUGAGGAGGAGGGUUCGGGGUCGGACAAGGACAAAGACAAUGAGGAAGAUGAGGAAGAAGAGGAGGAAGGAGAAGAAGAAGAUAAAGACCCCUUCGCGAUAUCAGACGACUCGGAAGAGGAAGAACAAAUGGCUGCUAUUCGAGCUAAGAUUCUGAAUUCCAAGUCGUUCCAGAAUCCCUCGGCUUCGGAUAAGCCGCAGCCGGAGAAGAUUGCGAGACCGGAGGAGGAAGGGUCGAAGUCGAGGCCGUUGGAGGAUUCGGAUGCUGAGUCCGGGUCUGCGGAGGGGAGUGAGGAUGAGGCGUUUGAUAGUAUUAUCAAUGCGACGCCGGUGACGGAUCGGACGGGGAUUCUUGCGGCGCAGAAGAAGAAGGAGAAGGAGACGUUUAGUGCGUCGUUUUCCAGGACGGUGGUGGAUGCACCGAAGCGGUGGUAGGAGAAUCCUUUCUUUAUUCUUGAUCGUGUUCGGAUGGGACUGGAUGGGUUUGGAUGUUACAAAAGUUAUGAUAUGAGCAUGCAUCUCAUGGGUACAUAUAAGUAAAUAGGCAUGAAUGUAAUGAAUGAU